CAAUUCUUCAGACAAUUGACUGGGGGUGAGCUUGAGGAGAGGAUGGAGGGCAGAGAGGGGAAGGCAGACUCGGGCGAGAAACCUUCUUGUUUUAUAACUGCUGGCGGGAGGGACGGUCGGAAUGAGCGGCCGCAGCUGCCGCCGCACAAUGUUGCAGCCGCUGCAUGGUGAUCUAAUAACAGCUCCUCCUUCCUGGUGGUGCUGUGCGCUUGGUGGCCCGCUUCCAGCUGUUGGCGUCGUGGAAGCUCAAUUCCAAAUCAUCUCGCGCGCUGUAGGAGAUGACGCCUGCCAGCAGCUUACAGGCACAGGUACGCACGUCCCAAGCAUUUCAUUGGAGGCUGGCGAUGGCGGACCGAAUCCAACCAGGGACUUUCCGUACAACCGAGCCCCAGGUUUCAUUCUCCUUAUCAAGCGGCAUUGUCAGGGUCGCAUCCAGGGGAGCUCUGAACAAACAGAAGCGACCCCGUAUGCGUACGUGCGGAAGGACCAUCCGCACCUGGCUCAUAAGCAGACGAUUGACGGGCGCGGUCGAGUUGCCAGCCGCGCAGCCGGAGCUGUCAGACCGGAAUACACAAGUCCCGAACCCUCCAGGGCUCUUCACGCUCAGCAUUCCUAUAGUAUACCUGGUUGCAAAAGGUUAUGCACUUUGUUGUGCUGUCUGUCCGCCGUCAUGGACUAGACUCCAGCACUCAUGAAGGCGGGGUCGUGGGAGGAGAGCUCUGGUGGGGCCCACAAGCUUCCGCCCGCAUACGUCAGGCGUGGGCACCGCAUCCAGGAUGUUGGUGAUCAGGAGAAGAACCCACUCGUCAAGGUGCAGUUCACUGUCAUGGGCCGGGCACCAUUUGGAAUCUGAAGGUGGCACUCGAGGCGCCAAGACGCUAAUCUCUGAAUUCAUGGAGCAUGUAGCUCAGACAACGCAACUGUUAAUCGAUAGACAUUCAAUCAGUUAGAUUGGAUGAAAGGCAAGAACACUCCAC